UAUGCCAACUGUCAAUCUGUCAAUAUGCACUGGCAAUACAUAUCGGAACACACCCUACAUUUUACAUAAACAGUUACACCGUGGUGCUUCAUUUCAGAAGAGGACGGAAAUCCAUAGAGAAAAAAAGAAGAAGAUAUCUCGUAGUCUCUUGAAUACAUAUCAACAUAUUUAUAUUAUAUAUAAACGCAUGCAUAUAUAAAUAAAUGUACUGCGAAUUUAAAUAAGAUAAAACAGAUUGGAUUGGACAAAUACGCUCAUUUUCUGCAUCAGAAAUUGUGAUUUUGUUUAAUCUCAUAUUGCAUUACCUAUCUUUAUAUGUGUUUAAUUACAUAGAGCUCACAAUUAAAAGUCUAUAUAUAUAUAUAUAUGUGUUCGUUUAACUCUCCUAUACAUAAUCGCGUUUUAUAUAUUUUACACAGAAUGGGGGGUUGUGUGAAUACUUACAUUUUAAUAAUUUAAUGUAUAAAUACUGAAGAAAAUAAGCGAAUCAUCAUUGAUGUCGUCGAAUUCUUUAACUCGAGCACUUCCUAAUGAAGUAUUCUUCAGAAAUACGAAUGGGGAAUGGCUAGCACUGGAAGAGAAAGAAAGCUCAAAUCUAUUGAAUACUGACAAUAUUAUACAUUUUUCAUUGCGAAGCGACAAACAUUUUAAUUUUAAUUUGUCUUUAGUUUUAUUUAUUUGUGCAAUUUUCUAUGUAUUGAUCAUAUCUGAAAUUUUAAUUUCUUUCAUUAUAUUAGGGUGUAUUUUUGCACGAUAUAAUUUAUUUAUCUCUUCUGCAAAACAGGAUACAUUGUUGGUUGUGAAAUCAGUAGGUAUACAUAUUGAAAGUAAAAGAGAGUUUGGCAUUUUUACAUCUAUAGAAUUUUUGCCAUGGGAUACAGUAGAAGAUAUAUUUAUUAAUGAAGUUAUAAAAGGACAAAGAGUGCUUUAUUAUCUUACAUUUAUUGUAAAAGAAUCAGCUGACAGACAGAAUUCAAGAAGAUUAGUUCCAUUAUUUCAAGAUCUACUACCUGAAAGAAAAUGCCUGGAAUAUAUGUACGGACGCUUAACCAAUUUGAUUGGCUCAACCAAGAGAAAGAGAGUCUCUUAACCAUUCCUGGUUCUUACUGGCUAUGUCAUAAGAAGAACAUAUACAAGUUUAUCUUUAAAUAUCAUCGUUCAGUAAAGAAUACUAUGCAAUUUUCGUAUGGCCGAGAAUUAUUAAAAAUUGUUAGAAGAAUUAUAAAAUGUCAUCCAAGUCAAGGUCAACAGUUUGGCACACCACAUCUUCUUGUCACUUACAAUUGUACAUCCUGGACUCGUCAAGAUAAAAUGUUUGCAAUACUGAAAUUUCAGCAACGAACCAAUGCUGCAACAUUUUCACACGCAUUUGUAUUAACUAUAAGGAUUUAUCCUUCCUCGGAACACUCAUUGUUCAACUUAAAAUAUCCUAUUGUUAAAGAAGCUGAUGCAGGUACUACAUUUAAAGAUUUAAAUGUUUCAUUGGAUACCAAAGAGAAAGUUACUGAAACUAUGAUAUAUACAGACAAAGAGUCUCCAAAAAAGACUACAAUAUAUCAAAACAAGGAAGAUCAAAUUUCAAAAUAUAGUGCAAUUGAGGACACAUUUAACAAAACAUUAGAAACGAAUGUUUCUAAUUUUCAAGAUAAUAUUUUGAAAAAUUCUGAAAAUUUUGAUGACAGUUUAAACGCUACAAUUAAAAGUGCAACAACUACAGCUGAAAUGCAUUUUAUUAAUACAGAAUUUCAAGGUAACAUAAACGAAAAUAAAUCUACUAACUGUAAUAUUCAAAAAUGUGAAAGAAAGAUUGAUCAACAUCUUAUUGAUAUAAGAAAACAAUCCUCAAGAACAACAAAGAAGAUGGAUAAAAUUCCUAUUGAAAAGAUAGAUGGUAAAAAUGAAGAAACGAAAUCAAUAGUAUUACAAGAACCAAAUCAGGAAAUACAAAAUAUUCGGAAAUACAAAAUAUUUUCUUCACUUAAAUCAGAAAUGAUAAAAGAUGAUGUUGAUAAAUGGACAUUAUCAAAUGGAUUCGGUUUUUAUGAAAAUUCAAUGGAAAAAAAUACUUGCUCCUUAAAUAAUAAAAAUAUUUUAGAUGAUGAUGGGAAAAUGAUCAGUGAAACUAUUGCAAACCCUGAUAAUGUACCAGAUCAAUAUUUUAUUGAGAAAGAACUACAAUAUAAAAAGAGAUUAAAUAGUUCAUUCUCAGCUAUUAAUCAGCCAAUGCAAAGAGAUUUUCAAACCAUAAACAAUAUAAAUGAACACUCUAUUUUAGAAGUGACUAAAAAAAAUAACAAUGAGUCUAUACACACAAAACAUUGUAAUGAGAUAACAGAUUUAAAUUCUCAAAAAGAUUACAGGCAACAUACUGCAAUCUCGAUUAAUACUAACGAUAACUUAUCCAUACACAAUACAUAUAAUAAAUCUUAUAAAAUACGUAAACAAAAAAACAGGGAAUCCGAGAAGAAAACCAUACCCGACGAUAAAGUUUUGCGUUCGUCUAAUAUUACCGAUUUAGUAAUGGAAGGCUUAAUGUUCACUAUACGACAAGAUCAAGACAGUGUAGCUGUCAUUGAACAAAGAACCAAACUAGAAAUGGAUGAAGUAUUAGAGAAUUCUGAGAAAGUCGAGACAAAAGCUGGAGAGAAGUGUUUGUUAAAUUCGAGUCUACUGAGACUUGAAAAUUUGGUAACAAUGAUUGAUUCACCGCGCGAGCAUAAAGAUCAGCAACAUAAAACUAUUUGCCAUACGAUUUCUAAUAACACAUGCUUAUCGCCGUUUAAUAUUUCUUCUAGCAGUCCUGUAUAUAAUUUAGAUGUUAAUAGUAUAGACGACAAAAUGGGUAAAUUGAAUAUUCCUGCAAGUUAUGACAAACACAAUGUUAUAGAUUAUUUAAAUCCAUGCGAAUCUCAAUGGCAGCGCAAAUGUAUGUUCUCUAGUAUUAAGAAUAGUAAUGGUUAUUCAGGAAGAGGAAUGAUAACAGAAAGAAGCGAGCAGCUAAUGGAACACCAAGAUGAUAAUGAAAAUAACAGAGAGGAUAGAAACAACAUCAAAACGGAAAAAGAGCAAAAAAAAGAUCUUAUUCCUCAAGUUUUUCAAUCUAUAUUAUUUUCUUCUGAGAAAAAGAACGCAGAACUUCAAAAUGAAGAUUUACUGACAGAUAACACAGAUAUUGAAGAAACGAGCAAGCAUGAAAUGUCCACGAAGAAAUUCUAUAAUUCUCCAUCAUCAUGUUCUUUAUUAAAUCCAAGGAAGGAAAAUUUUACAAAAAAGGAAAAUUCUAUAAUUUCUAAGGAGUCUGAUUUGACUAAAUUGCCUCGACAAGAGGCAAAUGGUCCAAGAAUAGUUUCAGACAAGGCUAUUACCAUCGAACAAAUGCCAUUAGCUCUGCAAAAGGUUAUACAACAUACAUGUAAAACUCGCAAACUUUCUUCGACAUCCAAUAACGAAAUGCUACAACAUGAACAAAAAACACAGGAUACGAAAUUGAUAGAGAAUGCAACUUCCGAGACAGCUAUUUCAUUCAUAGAUAACAAUAUAAAUUCCAAUAUAAAAAAUAACUCAUCUGUUGAAUUUAAAGUUGAUCCUGAAGAAAGCUACAAGAAUGAAUCUUGCGUAACAGUCAAUAAGGAUACUCUAGAGAUCAAUGAAGAUAUAUGUAUGAAAAAUACAAAAGAAAAAAAUAACGAAAGUGAUUACACUUCACAAAAAAAUUUGUCGUCAAAGAACAGUUUGCCAAGAAAAUUACAAGACAUUACAGAAGACUUUUACUAUGACUUGUUGCAUGCACGCAACAAAGACAAUGCCAUUCGGCAAAGAUGUCUUAGGCAAAGACAAAGAUCUUUGAAUAAUUCUGAUAAUAUUAAAAACGCCAAAGUACGCAUAGAAAUGUUAAAAUUUAUUCAAGACAUUACAGAAGGUGCUAGAGUGGUGGUGAAACGGCUUGAUAUAGACAAAUAAAUCCAAUUUGUUGGAGAAGUUUUACUUUAGUAACAUGUAUGUAUGUAUUAGAAACUUGGUGUUGGAGAGAGGAUCCAUAGAAAUAGUUUAUUAUAUUCAUAAACAUUUUAUUAGUCCUAUAUUUCAUUAUUUAUAUAUUUUAUUGUAUAUUUUAAUGAAUAUUACAUAUAUUCUAAAUCAUGAUAAAUUCUAAAUAAGGUGAUUGUAACUUUGAAUUUUUAAUUUUUUAUUUUUAUUUCUUGAUUUCAAUCUAUUCGGUUAAUAAAUAAAUGUAAUUGUCGCCGAUAUAAAUUGUAUACAUUUUAAAAAUGUUUAUGUAUGUAACUUAAAUCUCGCACGCACAUUUGUGUAUGUGAAAUGUAAUUUAAUGAAAUUAUAUUGUAUUCUCUUUUUAUAUGACACUAUGAUUUAUAUAGAAUACAAGCUGUAUCAAGGAA